CUCCUCCUCCUUUUCUGCCCCCGCCACCUCCUCCGCCGCCGCCGUUACUGCCGCCGCCGCCGCCGCCGCCUCUGGGGCUCGCUAGCGCUCGGCACUUCCCCCAGCUGCCCGCUGCUGCCAACGUGCGCGCGGCUUGGGGCUCCCGGGGCAGCCCUCGGUCUCCGCGAUCUCAUUGGUUGGGGAUGUGUCUAUUUACAUCAUCCACGAACUUCUCCCAGAUCCGACUGACCUUAGGUUAUGGGCAGAUCAGAAAGCCAGAUGGAUAUAACUGAAAUCAGCAGCCCCAAGCCGAAGGCAAAGCAACGAUGGACCUCUCUGGAGCUGAGUCUUUCCGUUCUUGUUCUUCUGCUCACCAUCAUAGCGGUCACGAUGAUAGUUCUUUAUGCCACCCAUGACGAUGGAAUUUGCAAGUCAUCAGACUGCAUAAAAACAGCUGCUCGGCUGAUUCAGAACAUGGAUGACACCGUCAACCCUUGUACAGACUUUUUCAAAUAUGCCUGCGGAGGCUGGUUAAAGCGGAACGUCAUUCCAGAGACCAGCUCACGUUACAGUAACUUUGACAUUUUACGAGAUGAGCUAGAAGUUGUCCUGAAAGGUGUCCUUGAGGAGCCGAAAACUGAAGAUAUAGUAGCAGUGCAAAAAGCCAAAACAUUGUACAGAUCCUGCUUAAAUGAAUCUGUGAUUGAUAGCAGAGGUGGUGAACCUUUGCUAAAACUCUUACCAGAGAUCCAUGAAUGGCCAGUAGCAAUGGACAACUGGGAAACAGUAUAUGGUACUUCUUGGACUGCUGAAAAAUCUAUUGCAGAGUUGAACUCAAAUUUUGGGAAAAAAGUCCUAAUCAAUCUUUUCAUUGGCACAGAUGAUAAGAACUCCAUGAGGCAUAUUAUUCACAUUGAUCAGCCUCGACUUGGCCUGCCAUCACGUGACUACUAUGAAUGCACUGCCAUAUAUAAAGAGGCUUGCAUAGCAUAUGUGAAUUUCAUGAUCUCUGUGGCUAAACUAAUCCGCCAGGAUAAAGGACUGUCCAUCAAUGAGACCCAGAUUGCCUUGGAAAUGAAUCGUAUCAUGGAGUUGGAAAAAGAGAUUGCCAACGCUACAACUAAAUCUGAAGACCGGAAUGACCCAAUCCUCCUCUAUAAUAAAAUGACUCUAGCCCAGAUCCAAAACAACUUUUCAUUAGAGAUUAAUGGACAGCCGUUCAACUGGGCAAAUUUCACAAAUACAAUCAUGUCAGCUGUGAAAAUUAGUGUUGCAAAUGAGGAAGAUGUGGUUGUGUAUGCUCCCGAAUAUUUAAUCAAACUUAAGUCCAUUCUUACCAAAUAUUCUCCCAGAGAUCUUCAAAAUUUAAUGUCCUGGCGGCUCAUUAUGGAUCUCGUAAGCAGCCUCAGCCGAACCUACAAGGAGUCAAGAAAUGCUUUCCGGAAGGCUCUUUAUGGCACAACAUCUGAAACAGCCACUUGGCGACGUUGUGCCAAUUAUGUCAACGUGAACAUGGAAAAUGCCGUUGGACGACUUUAUGUAAAAGCAGCAUUUGCUGGCAACAGUAAACACAUGGUGGAAGAUCUGAUCUCACAGAUUCGGGAAGUUUUCAUUGAGACUUUAGAUGACCUCACUUGGAUGGAUGCUGAGACUAAAAAGAAAGCUGAAGAUAAGGCCAUGGCAAUCAGGGAAAGGAUUGGCUAUCCUGAUGACAUCAUUACAAAUGAUGAGAAACUGAACAAAGAGUACAGUGAGUUGAAUUACAAAGAGGAUGAAUACUUUGAGAAUAUCUUGAAAAACCUGAUGUUUAGCCAAAAUAAACAGCUAAAGAAGCUCCGAGAAAAAGUGGACAAGGAAGAGUAUGUAUAUCCACGUUUGUGGAUAAGUGGGGCAGCAGUGGUCAAUGCUUUUUAUUCUUCAGGCAGAAACCAGAUCGUGUUCCCAGCUGGCAUCCUGCAGCCUCCAUUCUUCAGUGCAAACCAGCCCAGCUCCUUGAAUUAUGGCGGCAUCGGCAUGGUCAUAGGACAUGAGAUCACCCAUGGCUUUGAUGACAAUGGUAGAAACUUCAACAAAGACGGGGAUCUCAUUGAUUGGUGGUCUCAGGAAUCUGCCAAAAAUUUCAAAGAACAGUCACAAUGUAUGGUACACCAAUAUGGAAACUUUUCAUGGGACUUAGCAGGCGGCCAACACCUCAAUGGAAUCAACACUCUGGGUGAAAACAUUGCUGACAACGGAGGGAUUGGACAAGCAUACAGGGCCUAUCAGAAUUUUGUGAAAAAGAAUGGGAAAGAGAAGUUACUUCCUGGACUUAAGCUCAACCACAAGCAGCUGUUCUUCUUGAACUUUGCUCAGGUAUGGUGUGGGACGUACAGACCAGAAUACGCUGUCAACUCUAUCAAAACUGAUGUUCACAGUCCUGGCAAUUUCAGGAUCAUAGGAACUUUGCAGAACUCCCCAGAGUUUUCAGAAGUCUUUCAGUGCCGCAAGAAUGAUUAUAUGAAUCCAGAAAAGAAGUGCCGGGUGUGGUGAUUCUAGAGAGGACAACUGACUUCCCUGGACAGCAGAAAUCUGGAACUUCCUAUGGGAGAAAAAAAAAACUGUGCACCAAACUCACUGUAAUUACAAGAGGCUGAUUAACUGGGGUCGGGUGGCGGGGGAGAAAUACACUAAGAUUUUAAUUUCAGGUUAAGGCCAGCAACAGUGUAGCCAAAAUUGGAUGUGAGCUGCUCGUGAAAAAAUGGAGGACCUAGGUUAAUAUCCACUGAACCUACCCCAACUGUAAAUGUACAUAAUACUUGACGCUGGAAUAGUGGUUUCCAGUUAAUGUCGAUUUCCCAUUCGGUCAACAGAAUGAAUAUUCUCACUUGGGAACAGGGUUAAUUGCCUAUGAAUGCAAACAAUUAUUUUUAAUCAAAGGGAGGAAGAAAAUGUCAAAGAAUAUGGCAGGAUAACAUCUGUCUAAUGAGGACACAAUAGUCACAAACCAGAGAAAUCGGCCCUGCCACCUCUUUAAAUGUGAAGUAUUCAUCAAUGGCCUCACUCAAACCCCUUCAAAGAAUUCUUAGAAGAGUAGGGAUUUGGGUCUUGAAGUACUUUUGAAAAGAAGUCAUUAUUCCUAUAAUCACUAUUUUUUAUUCCAAGGCAACUAAUUUUCCAUAAUCAUAUUCAAUUAAGAAAGGAAAAUAUAGAAUAGGUCUCUCUCUUUGAUCCUCCACUGACAGAUAUUGAGAAUCCUCAAGCUCUCUUGUAAUUUUCUGAAUAAUUUCUUGUUCUCUCUAGACCUGGGCCUUUUUAAAAGAUUUGUAGUAAUGUAUAAAUCAUAAUUUUUAUAUUUAAUUAUUAACUGUGUGUAUGAAAAAGUAACUGCUAUAUCUAUAUAUAUCUAUAUAGAGAGAUGAAUGUGAUCACUGAUCCACUAUUGGGGAUUGGCAUUUCAGGUUGAGAUAUGAAACAUUCUUUACAUUAAGGAAACAUCUGCCAACCAACAUCUGUAAAGUAGUGUACAGAUUAAAAUUUGAGACUUUUUUU